UUUUCCUGCACACUGAAGUUCGCGAGGAAGCGACGCGUGCGCACUGAGAAACCCAGCAGAAAUGAGAUCGGCACGCGCGCACUGCCUUUUCAUCUUCUUUGGACUCGUUGCCUUGAGCGGAGUGCGGGUGGGAAAAUGCGCGCCCCCGACCUGCUACUCGCGCGCUCUCCAACUCAGUAAGGAGAUCAUGGACUUGUUGGAGAAAACGCACAGGUCUCCACGCACGAAGGACUGCGCUCAGAUUUUCCCAAAAAUGUUUCUGGAUGUUCACAAUUCCUGUGUGACAGCUAAGCUGCGAGAUUUCCUGUAUGUGCUGGAGAAUCUGCCAUUUAAUCACUGCAGGACCCGACCUCGUAUCAUCAUUUUGAAACGCAAAAUCCGCAUCCUCUUCGAGAUCAUAAGCCGUGUGUGCUACCGGGAUCUGGUGUACCUUUCAAAUGACUGUGACGCUCUGGAUACGGGAAUCAGUCAUCCACGAUACACAGAAGACACACUGCAGUUGUUGGAGGAGACAAGCUGAAACACACACAAACACACUUUUAAUCAAAAAUGUUACAUGAACAAAAAGCCAAUUAUUUUCAUCAAAAUAUAACUAACACACACACACACACACACACACAACUGUGUGUGAGUGUGUUCCUGCAGCCAAAGGAAAACUUUCCACAGGAAACAGUUUAAAUAGCCGCUGAGUGCUUACACAAAGCAAGGCUUAUUUACUGUAACACCACACACACACACACACACACACACACUUGCCUGUGCUUGUGUGUACAUUGUGUAAUUGUCCUCAGAGACAGGGUUAUGAACACUCUGAGUUGUAUUUCUUUCCCAUGUAACUUUGGCUGCGCAGUGCUUUACUCUUCAUAUUGAUGCUGCUUACCUUCCUUGUUUACUUGUUUACCACAGAGGUCAUGCCAGAGGCCAUUUCAUCUGAGGGGUCAGGCACUCAUCAGAUACACUUCAGUUUAACUUUCAGUUUUACCAGAAUAGUCUUACGGUGAUAGUCUUUCAGUAUAACUGGCUUACUUAAUACUUUUAUUUUAUAGCAUGAAUGUAGGUAACUGCAAAAAUGAGCUAAUUUUCGAGCUAUUGACGAUCGGCUACUCCAAUUGCAGCCCUGUUGUCUUACCAGUCAGUGGUAGCUAGCGAUAGCUAACUGUAGUGGACAGUUAUUUUCAUAGUAGGACUAUUUUUGGCAGGUAACAACGCUAACAAACACUAACAAUCACAUGAACAUUGUUAAAUAUAAAAAACAGAGGUGAUUUUUAUGGGUUUUUGUUUAAUUACAAUGAUGACUGUUCAUGUCAGUGGGCUGUUUGCCACAAUGCUCGCUCUUUUUUUAGUCAAAUUGCCUACAAGAUGUUAAACUGAAUAAAAACAAUCUAUAUAUAA